AUGGCGUUGCUGGAUGUUGGACCUUUUCUAGAGGGUGUCUCUAUUCUUCAAAGAAAACUCGAAGCUGCGAUGACAAAAAAUAGACUGCUACUUGAGGCUGUAGAGAGCUCACAAUCGAAAUACACAGAUAUCGAUGAAGUGUAUCCUAUUCUCCAAAGCUUAAAGGGAAGACUUGUGGCAUCACAGGCUCCGAACGAAUCUUUGUCGACAGAGCUCGUAAAAUUCAAAUUAGAAAUGGAAUCAUUUGUAGAUGAAGUAUUUAAUAGUCAUGAUAGCUUGAGUAAAAUAAGAAGGAAUUCCCUGCUUCAUGCGAAAGAACUAGAAUGUGAUCGAGAUAAACUUUGGUAUGAGAAAGGAGAAUUGGCAGCGGAACGGAGGAGGUUGGAUUUAGAGCGCGAAGAAUUGAAUGCCCUUCGCACAGUGAUGAAGAAAACCCCUCUGGAUAAAGAAAAAGCAACGUUAAAAGUUAACGAAGGUACUAAUCAUUCAGGUCUUCAGGGUACUGUGGACCAUAAAGAACAAGAAAAAAAUAAUGAAAACAGUUCCUUAAAGACUACACUAAUUGGUAAGUGUGGCUAUAAAUAUUUAUAAACUUGAAACUACAGUAUUACUUUAAUUUGGUAGUUCGAAUAAUGAUUACAUUAAUUUUGGCAUGAUUUGGUGUAAAAUUGCUAAACAGCUGCACCCUAGCUGUGUCCUUAUAGAGAAACACUUUCUACGAAACAUAUAUUCCUCGAAGUAUGAAGGGACUCGGCAGGGGAGAGAGGAAUGGAAAGAGAAGAUGUAAGGAAAAUUAGCUGUCAAAUCGAAUCGCUUACGGUUGUGAGAUUUUGUACCACGUUUUUGGCGAGCUCUUUCAUGACCGGUUCAUAACCUACACUACUAUUUCACCCUGACUUGCCCCCAGUCGUCUGUCACGACCCGGCCUCUCCCUAGAGAGUAGUGGCGUACGGGGUGUGAUGGGAAGGAGGAAAGUGAGGGACAGAAAACCCCUGCUCCCGCCGUGCCCGUUAUGCGAAGACGACUAAGGACGAGUCAGCUUAAGAAGUCUUGGUUAGCCCCGCUAACCUGGGGCUUUCCCACAAAAAAAUCUCGGCAGAGGACUAAAGAAGAAAUCUAUUUUAGGAAGCUGCGGCUAACAGGGCAUUUUUCUAAGACAGUUGAGGCGAGAUGUGCUAUCGGGAAAACUUUUAAAAAAAAGCACCAAAAAACGGAAAUGGCAAUCUGAGAACUGCAGUUUUCUUCGAUUUUUUUUGCCCUUGGUUAGAUUAUAGGGGAGGUUCCUCGGACUUUUACUCGAUGCGCAAAGUUAUGCGCAGUGGCGAAAGGAGGCAACUGUUGUCGUUGUCAUCGUAACUCUUGCAGCCUCUGUGUGUUGGUUGUUAGAAUUGAUUUCAUUUUGUAAUUUUUAUUUACAGGAUCCUGUGAUGCUGAAUGUCCGACAGAACAUGAAACAAGUUUAGAUUAUGGAGAAAGAAAUAAUGGUAAAGAACAAGAGUGGGUUACUGUGACUCAUGUUGAAUGCCAAACGGAACCUGGAUCUUGUGAUGCUGAAAGUCAGACAGAACAUGAGACAAAUUUAGAAAGUUAUCGAGAAAGAAAUUAUGAAAGAGAACAGGAGUCCGUUGCUGUGACUCAUGUUGAAUGCCAAACGAAACCUAGUGGAAAUUUACAGGUAGCUGAUCAUGAAUCGCAGAUUAAGAAAGAGGAAGAGAGUAUUGAAAACUGUCAUAAGGUGAGACUAAAUUUGAAACCUCGAAAGAACCUCAAAAGACAAGUAGCUGGCUGUAUCACUCUUUAACAGGCUGGGUAAAUUUCUUUAAAAGGCGAAAAAUCAGUCUUAAAAGCCAGUUACGUUCUCAGGAAAAAAAACACGUGUCAUCUAACCUACGAAUUAAAUCUAUAUUUAUAUUUCCAGUUCUGUCAUCAGCUUUUUAGCACCUCAGGCCUUGUCAUACGAUCUAAUAUUAUGGCAGGACGUAAGGGCAACAGUAUGUGGAGCCUUAGAUCUCUAAACUUCCUUAUACCUUGAGCAUAAUCAAAGUUUCUGCAUACCGGCCCUCUUGACAAUAAACAUGAUUCUCUUCUUCUUCCAGUAAGCUCGGAUAUCAGCAUACAACGGCGCCACUGGCUGCCGCUGUAGGUGCGGCAGCUAAUGGACAUACUGUAUCAUAUGUUAGUGAUAGCAGGCUUGGUAGGGGUAGACCACACCACCAGGGAAACUUUCCCUACUAUUUUUGAAAAAUAGCGUGGAUACUUUUACGUCCAAUUUGAGUUCAGAGAUGAAUGAAGGAUGAGGAAAAAGCUAUUUUCAAACAUUUGUUUCUCAAGUCAUUUCCAGAGAUUGAUGAUGAUGAACACACAAUGGUCACCAGGCAUCGUCUGUUGUCAAGCAGAUCACAUGUAAGUUGUUUUAGGACAGGAGUCUCUGGACUACAACAUCGAGUGUACUCUGCUCCAGUAUCAAGAGCAAGGGCCAAGCUUCUGGCAAGACAGGAACACGCGCUGAAAAAUUACAAGGUAAUUGUUGAUAUCUAAAUUUAAAAGAAACGCCUCAGACGUUUGACCGCAGUAAUGCCGCCUAUAAAAUCUAGAAAAACUUAGUAUAGACAUGGAAAAAUGGUCAAAAAUGUUAUGUUGAUGAAGAUGCUUUUUAGACACCGUUAACACGGCAAUCGGCGACAAAGUUGCUGAGACAUUGUACUCAAAUAGGGUAACUUGUGAAACAUAAGAAUCCACACCCCUCCCAUGUCCCCUCCAUUCAAAGUUGGGAUGUUUCUUGUUUUCUAAAGGUAGCUCGAACAGUGGCACAACGUUGCAUGGAGGGGAUGGGGGAGGAAACGUUAUCUUUUCCCCUUUUGAAGUCCGGAAAACGUCAAAAAGUCCAUUUAGGGCGAAGUGUCUCAACUCAUUUUGUUGCUGAAUGGGGUUGUGAAAAAUUUCUGAAUGGACAAAUAUUUUGCCUGUGCAACUCGUUUACACGGAGCCGUGCAAAUUCUGUAACAGAUUGCAGUAUCGUUUGUUGUCCUGUGUAAACGAUAGGCGGAACCGUGUGCAAGUUGUGUCCGUUCAAAAAUUUGUCCCAGCUCGUGUUUACGGGGUCUUGAUCAGAUUAGUUAACUAGCGGCACUGCAAAAAUGAUUUUGUGUGUCUGUCAACUUUAUAGGCCCUCGUAGAUGAGCUUUGCAGGACGCAGGAAGAGAAUCAAUCUCUCAAGUUCGAAAGCAGUACACUGGCAAAGAGAGCUAAUGAAAUAUAUUCUGAGCUGUUUCACAUUAAGGUAGAUUGUCUUAUACAUCGACAGCAUUUUUUUCCACUACCAGAAAUAAGAGUCUAUUUAGUGGAGAAGGGUGAAAGGAGGAAAAUUAAGAGAUCUGUGCUCGUUACAGGGUGUCGUGCACGCUCGCGCGCUUCGCUCGCGCAAGACUCUUACGUCACGCUUUACAGAUUUCUUUUCUGAUUUUAAGAAAAAACCGACUGUUUUGCAGUCUAGCGACCGGGCGCCGUAAGUUAGAGCACAGCCUUGGCUUUGUCCUCCUCUACGCAGUAAGCUUACUUUUCCCUCCGUUGCAGACGCAGUAUCUGUUUACUGCUUGUGCAGUCCAACCUGACCAGCAAGUGAUUCGAAGUUGCAGCCAAUAAAAAUCACCCAAGUUUUCGGAACGGGCACGGGAUACGGGAAAGUUAAAAAGACAAGGCAAUUUUUGACUGCCAAGAAAAAUACGAAAGGAAUGCGCUACCGAAUUUAUGAUGCUGGCUGACAACGUCAUCCUGCGUAAUUAAUGUAGAUGUAAAUGUUACCACGAACCGUGUCACAAACGCGCCUAAAACUUAUAUCAAAGGAAGUUUUGAAAAAGUGGAAGAUGAAUUUUCGUUUGGAACAUUCUCAUUGGGAAAUCAGGGCAACCUUUUCAGAAGUUCCGUUGCUCCUGAAAAGUUUCCACUGUAACGACCCGAAAAGUGGCGUUUCAUUUUACGGCUAUUCAGCCGGAAUUUCCGGGAAGCCGGCUUUUUGAAAAUGGUAACAUCCCCCUGUGUCUCUUCCUACAGAAGCGACUAAUAGUAAGCAUAGCUGACAGAGAUGAACUACAAACGAAACUACGGAGGUGUAAAGAACAGGUAUUGUUGAUUAGAAGCGUUACACUUUCAAAUAUUAACAACUGUUUCUUUUUCAUAUUUCAGUCUAUCUAAUAAGCCCCUCCUCUCUCUUAAUACACCCCUCUCCAAUGAGUUUCACUGUCACGCAACAAAAAAAUAAAUUGGAAACCGCCCAGUGGAAGAAGCCAAGAAAAUGAAAUGUUAUAAAAGACUAAUAUAUAAACAAUUUGUCCAAGUCUCAGGUCUUUGUGGCCCACAGUUCUGACAGUUUCUGAGUUAUUUGCCGAAACGUUUCACGCACCUUUGCAGAGCUUUGUAAGGAGACGCAGUAUUGGUGUAUCGUUUUGGUGCACCAAUAUGGCCGACGGAAAUCAACGAAAACAAACUGGAGUUCACUUUUUCUAUGAAAGCUCUUUCUUUUCACUCGAGAACUAGCAUACGUGCGAAUAGACUUAUCUUCUAAUACUUGAAAUGGUUAUACUGCUGAAAAUCAAGAGGAGAGACUUUUUUCAACGAGACAACAUUCCCGCUAUUUUGGUGUCACACACUGUGAAAACUCGGAAGUUCAAAUUGCUGUAUUUUCGAAAUGAAACAUGCUAAGGGAAUGGAAAGUUGCACAAAGAUUUACUUUUUCUUUAUCUUCAACCUAGUGUAAAUAAGAAUUCGUAAAACCCGGCUAUUUUAACUUUACAGUUUGAUGAAGUCACUGUGAAAACCAUCUAUAGUUUGCGAGAUUUAAUUUGUUACGCUACACAAUCCCUAAAUGUGUAAACAUAAUUCAUGGGCCGGUUGGGUCGACUUCUGGUUAAGUCCGUCUGCGAAAAAGCGCCGAAAUCCUUAUUCUGGUCCCCCACGAGGAUUUGAGUACUCGCCAUGAUUGGCCUGUUGAAAAAGCCAUCAUCAAUUUACCAAUCAGGAUGAAAGGAAAUUCGAAAUGAUAUUCCGGUAACUCGUUCAGUUCGUUGGGGGCCGAAAACAUGGAUAUUGGCGCCGCUUUGAAGACGUUUCUAGUUCAUGCUACUUAGAUUAGGUCUGCGACGCAGGCUGUGCUUUACGAAGAGUAUGUACCCAGUGUAGGAUCCAGGGGAGGGGCCCGAGGGGGCCACCCCCCUUAUUUUUAAACCAAACUGAGGCCCGAAGAAUCGAAAAAAAAUAUUUUUUUGAGACCGCGCCCCCCAUAUCUAAGGGCCUGGAUGACCGGACCCCCUCUUAUCUGAAGGUCUAGAUACACUACUGGUACCGCAGCAUAUUUCACAUUCAAUUUUCAGUAGCUUUUGAUUGUUGGGCUCCUCUCUUGUUUUCCUAUGAAACCGGACGACAGCUGUAUAAUAAUCCACCGGCCGUUUCUAACAAUCCCCCCUCAAAAAUGGUUGGAAAAUAUAAUUCCCUUCCACCCCAAGGGGUCGAGACUUACCAAAGAGUUUGCAGCACUUUUGAGAAUUAUCACCCUCAGGACAAGCAGGCAAAUAGUAAUAUAUCAAGCAUGAGACGCAGUGUUUCAUCACCAGAUGAAACACUGAGAAGAGAGUUGAAAAUACGACGCGCAGCGGAGUAGUUUUGAGGAACUUCGAGGUGUUUCAUCUGGUGAUGAAACAUUGCGUCUCAUGCUUGAUAUUACUUUUCAGACAAAAUGAUUUUAGAAGGAGAAAUUCAGGAUGCAAAAAUGAGCAGUUUUUCACCUGAUUUGCAAACACUUAUUAAACAUCAAUGUCCUUUGUAUUUUCUUUACGAAUUAUUAAUGACUUUGAGAAAGUAAAAAGAAAAAGUCGUUGUAUUCGACAACUCAAUCAGUGGAAAAUUAGUUAUUUCAAGAGCAGUACACCAUUACCCACCCUCUCUUGAAUUGUUUGCAUUUGACUUCAGAUUCAAAGACUGGAAGACACAUUAAGGAAACAAGCUUGUGGUUUAGUUCACAAUAAAAAACAGCAACGGCAGGAUGAAGAAGAAAUCAGGUGGAGUCAGGUAUGUAAAGAAGUCAGAGAUGGCCUUCACGGCUACAUCUGGACGACAUUUCGUUUUGCUAGGUUUGUAUUUGAUACUCAGCCCUGGCGGAACAAAAAUUCAUUUUGCAAGCGUUUCUUGACUUCAGAAUUGCCUUGA